UCCUCCUCCUCCUCCUCCUCCUCCUCAGCCAUGCCGCUCGUAUUCCGCACGCUGUUGUUCGGCUUUGUAACGCUGCUGGUUGUGCUUUUGAUCAUUGAUGAUAUUGCACAAGUGGAAGAAGAAACUGCAAAUAUUGGACAUUCGAAGAAGAUGAACUUACAUCGGCUCAUCCCGAAACCGCACAGAAAGGCUGCAGCGCGUGCGGAUCCCACUGCUUUAACAAGGCCGAGCGUACACGUAGCUCAUCAGAGUCCGAGCAACAAUACCGCCGUCAAACACUCGCCAAACAGCUGGACCUUCAAUAAGACCCUCUCCAACCUCAUCAGGAAGAAUAUUCUGAGAUUCCUCGACCCCGAGAGAGAUAUCUCGAUUCUGAAGGGCACGCUGAAACCAGGAGAUAUCAUCCACUAUGUUUUUGAUCGCCACAGCACCACAAACAUCUCAGAAAAUCUCUACCGUCUCUUGCCAACUGUAUCCCCCAUGAAGAACCAACAUCACAGGCGCUGUGCCAUUGUGGGCAACUCUGGGAUCCUGCUCAACAGCAGCUGCGGACUUGAGAUCGACUCUCAUGACUUUGUUAUCAGGUGCAACCUGGCGCCGGUGGAGGACUACUCUCGGGAUGUUGGCCGGCGGACCAACCUGGUGACCAUGAACCCUUCGGUGGUCCAGCGGGCCUUCCAGGACCUGGUCAGCGAGGAGUGGAAGGAGCGCUUUUUGCAACGUCUCCGGAGCCUCAGCGGCAGCGUGCUGUGGAUCCCGGCCUUCAUGGCCAAGGGCGGGGAGGAGCGCGUGGAGUGGGCGCUGCGUCUCAUCCUGCUGCACACCGUGGACGUCCGCACCGCCUUUCCGUCGCUGCGCCUCCUCCACGCUGUCAGAGGGUACUGGCUGACCAACAACGUCCACAUAAAGCGCCCGACCACCGGCCUCCUCAUGUACACCAUGGCCACCCGCUUCUGCGAGGAGAUCCACCUCUACGGCUUCUGGCCCUUCCCGCUCGACCCGCAAGGCAAACCGGUGAAAUACCACUACUACGACACCCUCAAAUACGAGUACACCUCCAGCUCCAGCCCUCACACCAUGCCUUUGGAGUUCAGGACCUUGAGCACGUUGCACAGACAGGGGGCGCUCCGGCUCCACACUGGGACCUGCGACGUGGUGCAGAGACUACAGGAGGAUCUUCAAUAG